AUGGGUGUUUUCAUCUAUCCGCUUCUGCCCGUCACCCUAUCGGAGCUGAUCCCCAUCCCGUGGGCCUCGAUCCGCUCAUGGCUCGACUCGGCCGCGCAGGCGCAGGCGUCGGCCGCGCGCGGCACCACGACCCUGACGCAGCCGCAGCUGCUCGCGCUCUCGCACCUCGUGCCCUUUUGCGCGGAGCCGCGCGUGCUGCCCAAGGACGACCACGUCGGCAAGCUCAUGCAAUUCGCGCAGGGAAACCGGCUGGACCAGCCGACGUUUAGGAUGAGCGACCCGGUGGACGUGCCGCACAAGGGCGCGCUGCAGCUGCGCUGGCACUGCGAGUGCGUGUUGCCGUGGUGCGGCGAGAGGUUCCCAACGACGAAGGAGGGAGCGCAGCCGGCGCUGUUUCCAAACAAAAAGGAUGCGAAACAGUAUGCCGCCGUACAGGCCAUGGCUUUCCUCACCGGCAUGACGAAGGAGCUGGCGACGACAUUGCCUACGCCUCGCGAGCCAUCACCACCACCACCACCACCGAAGCACCAGCAGACUUCCCAGCUGCCGCCGCAGCACCUCCCGCCGCCGCAGCCAGUUCCGCAACCGCAGCAGCGACCCGAGAAGCAGUCCCAGCCUCUCCCACCAUCUCACCCCGCGCCCCGACCGCAACAGGAACCACAGUUGCUGCCAACGUCAAACCGAUCCGUCACACCUCCUCCUCCUCCAGCCGCCUCUGUCCCUCGCAUCGCCGCCGCCGCGCCAUCCACGCCACCGUCCCUUGGCGACGGCGGCUCCCGUCCCAAACGCCCGCUCGACUCGUCCGACGCGCACAGCAGCCACCGCGACUCGCCCCUUAAGCAGCGGCAGCACCCGCCCUCCUCCACGUCCUCCUCCACGCCCUCGCCCGAGCCAGCCCCCGCCGCCGGCGUCCCGUUUGUCUCGCCGCAGGGGGGUCGGGGCGGCGACGCCGCCGCGGAGCAGCAGCGGCUGAUUGACGCCAUCCGCCGUCUGUCGUCGCGGCUGGGCGUCGCGCAGCCGCAGUACCGCCUCACGCAGAACCCGCCGAAUUUCUUUAGCGGGCACGCCGAGUUCCCGCCCGCGUCGCGCGUGCCCGAGGAUGUCGCCGUAGUGAGGGACGUUCUGGGCAAGAGGCAGGCAAGGAUCCAGAUUGCGACCAAGGUGCUGGCGUGGAUGGAGAGGGAGGAGGCGAAGAGGACGGCGCAGACAGAUGCGCUGCUGCAGUGA